AUGACGGGACGCUCGGGUCGAGGUGUGUUUGGGAAGCUCUUCUCGAAGAAGCAUCUAAAUAAAGAUGAAAGGGUUCAAGAAAUCGGUAUGCCGACUAACGUCAAGCAACACAUACAUGUGAGUAUGAAUUCAGAGACGGGCAUGCUGGAGGGAUUACCAGCCUCAUGGUUGAGACAGUUGAAUGCGCAAAUUUCGCCAGCUGAACAAAGCGAAAACCCGAAUGCUGCCAUCCAAGCUGUCGCCUUUCACAACUUCCACGUUUUAAAGAAGGAGCAAGCGGAAAAGGAACCAUGCAAACCUAUAAUAACAGAAGAAGCAAUCACAAAGGAAGGUAUAGAAAUAAAGAAAUUCAUAGCCAAAAAAAAUGCUCACCAAAGUCAAGAUUCAGAUAUAUCCAUAGGCCAAAGUAGUGAGGAAGAUGUCGGGAGUAGCACUGAUACUUUAUCACAGAGGCAAACUAUGCCUGUCGCUCCUACCAAGAAUAGUAUUAAGAAGAAGGAUGCUAUGAUGGACUUAACAGCCGUUGUACAAGACCUAACAUUGAUAGGAAAUGAACCAGAGGAAAGUCCAAUAUUAAGGAAGAAGGAAAUGAUAAAUGCUGCAAUGAGUGAUGAAGAAAUAUACGAGGAACUGAGAAACAUUUGUAAUAAAGAUGAUCCAUAUGUGCGAUUUGAGAGAGUUAAACAACUUGGUGCAGGAGCUUCAGGUGUUGUGUUUGUUGCAAUCGACAGCAAAGAUAACUCAAGAGUUGCCAUCAAGGAUAUUGAUUUGACAAAGCAAACUAAAAAGGAUCUCAUUCUUAAUGAAAUCAAUGUAUUAAAAGGAUUCCAUCACAAAAAUCUGGUGAACUUCUUGGAUGCAUUUUUAAGUUACGAACACUUAUGGGUUGCUAUGGAACUACUAGAUGGAGGCUCUUUGACUGAUGUAGUAACAGAAGUGGUUAUGAAGGAAGGUCAAAUAGCUGCUGUUUGUCGAGAAACUCUACAGGCCAUUUCAUUCUUACAUUCUAAAGGAACAAUUCAUAGAGACAUUAAAUCAGAUAAUGUCCUUCUUGGAAUGGAUGGUACUGUCAAAGUUACAGAUUUUGGCUUCUGUGCCAAUAUUGUUGGUGAUGAAAAGAGACAGACAAUGGUUGGCACUCCUUACUGGAUGGCACCUGAGGUUGUCAAACGAAAGCAGUAUGGAAAGAAAGUCGAUGUAUGGUCCCUUGGAAUCAUGGCAAUUGAAAUGAUUGAAGGAGAACCGCCAUAUAUGAAAGAAACACCACUCAGAGCUUUAUACUUUAUAGCUGCUGUCGGCAGACCAAAGAUACCUCGAUGGGAAAAGCUUUCAACUGCCUUCCAAGACUUUUUGGAUAAAUGUUUACAAGUGGAUGCUGAUGACCGAGCGACAGCUGAGGAAUUAUUAGAACAUCCUUUCCUCGAAUGUGCCAUGGAACUAAGAACAUUAACACCGCUUAUUAAAGCUGCACAAAGAAUUUUGCAUAAAAAUUACGACUGA